UGUUAGAUAAAUUAAAAUAAAAUAAGUUUUUGUGAAUAAACCAUCUAAACAAGUUUGAUCUUUCAAAAAAAAAAAAAAAAAAAAAAAAAAAAAAAGAAAAAAAAAGCCCUAAACAAGUUUGAGUUUUAAAAAGAAAAUAACAAAUUAAUAUCAUGCAUUCUCAAAUUUGAUCGAGUACAAAAGGAAGGAGGCUAGAAGAGAAGAACGAAAGAGCUGUAAUACUCGAUUAAAAAAAAUGCAGAUUCCAAUGAUUUUACAUGGUUUCCUAUCAAUUCUUCUCUUUUCAUUGUGGCAAGUACCUACCUUUGCUGCCCCUAAGCACUACGUUAUCCAUUUAGGAUCUCACCAUGCAGAACCUCGUUUGUCAGCGAGCCCAGAGACUAUUACGAACUCACAUCAUGAAUUGCACCUUUCAUUCUUUUUAGAUUUCAACCCUUCAGAAAGGAUUGUUUAUUCAUAUAAUAAAAUAUUCAAUGCCUUUGCUGCAAACCUUCAUGAAGAGGAGGCCACCGAACUCGCAAAGCACCCUACUGUUGCAUCAAUAAUGGAAAGCCAGCCACUAAAGUUGUUAACAACUCGAUCAGUGGAUUUCUUAGGAUUUCCGAAUCAACUUAACAACUAUAAAACUGAUGAGUCCAUUUGGGUGAAAGCAAGCUUCGGAGAUGGCAUGAUUAUAGCAAACUUGGAUUCCGGUGCGUGGCCAGAGAGCCAGAGCUUUUCAGAUCAAGGCUUUGGCCUUGUUCCGAAAAAAUUCAAAGGGGCAUGUGCAAAUGAAAAUGAUCCAACAUUUAAGUGCAACAGGAAGCUUAUAGGAGCAAGAUAUUUUUACAAAGGAAUUAUGGAACAAGGCAAGUUAAAUAACUAUAUCUUCAAUGAUACAUUGAGCCCUCGAGAUCACAAUGAAGGGCAUGGCACACACACUCUAUCUACAGCCGGAGGUAAUAUUGUCCCUGGAGCAAGCUGCAACGGAUUAGCAAAUGGGACUGCGAAAGGCGUGGCACCAAGGGCACGCGUGGUUGCGUACAAAAAUGCUUGGCAUGCUACUGAAACUUUUCCAUUCCAAGGCAACUCAAUGGAUUUACUAGCCGCUUUUGAAUCUGCCAUUGACGACGAUGUAGAUGUCAUUAAUGUAUCGAUGAGUCAGGAUAAUGAUGAUGAUUAUUUAGCUAGCAAUGCUAUUGCUGUUGCAGCCUUCCAUGCUAUGAAGAAAGGAAUCAUCACGGUUGCUAGUGCUGGAAAUAAUGGACCUAAAUCUGGGUCUGUUCAAAAUGUAGCCCCUUGGUUGUUGACUGUUGCUGCUAGUACUAUGGAUAGAGAGUUUUCGGCUUAUGUCAAACUCGGUAACAAUCAGAAGAUCAAGGGAGUACGCUUUAUGGAUUCAAAGACAAAUGACCCUAAUAAACUCUAUCCAUUGAUCAGUGGUGCAGAGGCUCGCAGUACUAUCGCUAAUAUCAAAGAUGCUACGGCAUGUCAUGUUGCAGCCCUAGAUGCAGCGAAGGUGAAGGGAAAGAUCGUAGUAUGUCGUAAUUCACUCAAUGAAGCCGGAGAUAUGGACAGUUUAAGAAGCAUGGAAGCUAAAAAAGCAGGAGCUGUUGGACUUGUCCUGGUAAAUGAUAAGAACAAGGGAUUUGGAGCUAGCCAACCUCAUUCAAUCGCCACCGUGACCAUUAGCUAUAAUGAUGGAGUAACUCUUUUUUCUUAUAUCAAUUCUACCAGGCAAGUAUAUUUAUGCUUUUUAUUGAUCAAUAUUAUUGGAUUACAAUAUGCUAAGGGUAGAGUUCUAAUUUACUAA